AUGUCUAGGGUUUCAAGGUUUCAGUUGUUGGGGAUACUGUGGCUUUUCGCAUGGAUGGUGGGAACAGAGGCUGACUCCCCGAAAUACAAAGAUCCGAAGCAACCAGUGGGAGUUCGGAUCAAGGACCUAUUGAGUCGAAUGACACUAGAGGAAAAGAUUGGUCAGAUAGCCCAACUUGACAGAUUAUCAGCUACCCCUGAGAUAAUGCGGACCUACUCCAUUGGUAGUGUCUUGAGUGGUGGGGGGAGUGCACCACUUCCUGAUGCUUCAGCUAAGGAUUGGAUUGAUAUGAUAAAUGGGUUUCAGAAAGGAUCUAUGUCCAGUCGUUUAGGGAUUCCCAUGAUUUAUGGUAUCGAUGCUGUUCACGGACACAACAAUGUGUAUAAUGCCACCAUAUUCCCUCAUAAUGUAGGGCUUGGAGCCACCAGGGACCCAGACUUGGUGAAGAGAAUUGGUGCUGCAACUGCUCUUGAAGCUAGAGCCACAGGAAUUCCUUACGUUUUUGCUCCAUGCAUAGCGGUUUGUAGAGACCCAAGGUGGGGUCGGUGUUAUGAGAGCUACAGCGAGGAUCCCAAAGUUGUUAGAGAAAUGACUGAAAUCAUACCUGGGUUACAAGGAGAUAUGCCUUCUAAUUCUCGGAAAGGAGUUCCUUAUGUCAUUCCGAAGAAUAAAGUUGCAGCUUGCGCUAAGCAUUUUGUGGGAGAUGGCGGAACAACCAAGGGCAUCAAUGAAAACAAUACUGUAAUAGACAGGCAUGGACUGUUGAGCAUUCACAUGCCUGCCUAUGAUGACUCUGUGAUCAAAGGCGUAUCAACUGUCAUGGUAUCUUACUCCAGCUGGAAUGGGGAAAAGAUGCAUGCUAACCGCGAGCUAGUAAUGGGCUUCCUCAAGGGUACCCUUAAGUUUAAGGGGUUUGUUAUCUCAGAUUGGCAAGGUAUAGACAAGAUUACCUCAAACCCGCACGCAAACUACACAUACUCUGUGCAAGCAGGGAUUCUAGCUGGCAUUGAUAUGGUCAUGGUUCCGUACAACCAUACAGAGUUCAUUGAUGAUCUUACUCUCUUGGUAAAGAAAAAUGUCAUUCCAAUGGAUCGCAUUGAUGAUGCUGUUGGAAGGAUUUUGCUGGUUAAGUUCAAUCUGGGACUAUUUGAAAACCCUAUGGCUGACCUGAGCUUUGUCAAUGAACUUGGAAACCAGGCACAUCGUGACUUGGCAAGGGAAGCUGUGAGGAAAUCACUUGUGCUGUUGAAGAAUGGGAAAAAUGGGACUCAACCAUUGCUACCCCUUCCCAAGAAGGCUUCAAGAAUUCUAGUUGCGGGCACCCAUGCCGAUAAUUUGGGCUAUCAAUGUGGUGGAUGGACGAUUAAUUGGCAAGGAUUUAGUGGGAACAAUGAUACAAGAGGAACGACGAUCCUUGCUGCCAUAAGUGCCACGGUUGAUCCAAAAACAGAUGUUGUCUUCCAAGAGGACCCGACCAAGCAAUUUGUGGAGGAGAGCAACUUCAGUUACGCACUUGUAGUUGUUGGUGAGCCACCGUAUGCUGAGACUGCAGGAGACAGCAGUGAUCUGACAAUGAAGUUCCCAGGUCCAAGUAUCAUCAGCAAUGUAUGCGGGGGAUCUGUGAAGUGUGUGGUUGUGGUCAUAUCAGGGAGGCCCAUUGUACUUGAGCCAUACGUGAACUCAAUUGACGCCCUGGUGGCAGCUUGGUUACCUGGCAGCGAAGGGCAGGGAGUGGCAGAUGUGCUGUUUGGGGACUUUGGAUUCAGUGGGAAGCUUCCAAGGACUUGGUUCAAGAGUGUUGAUCAACUGCCAAUGAACCUUGGAGAUGCGCAUUAUGAUCCACUCUUCCCCUUCGACUAUGGGCUCAAGACAGAGGCGUUGAAUGGCUCGGUCGCAAGGUCAACAUCAGAUGGUGCUGAUCGUCGGCCAUGCGCAUUUGCUCUACUGAUUUCCCUAGCUGUCUACUUCUGGCUAUCAAAAGUGUAG